GGCCUCCACUCUCUUCGCCUUGGGGCCCUUAGCUCCUCCUGGGAACCCGCCCGUCGCUUCCUGUGGAAUGUCUGGGAUGCGGCACACCUCUCCUUAACCUUCUUAACAGACCCUCAAGGGGGGAUGGAAUGAGUUGGCGGGAAGGGGCCUGCCAGAGGAGGCGGCCUUCCCCGGCUGCGGCCCCCACAGGGAAAAAGAACUGUCACGUACCACUUAGGAGGCUAGACCCUGGCAGUUUUCUGCCCGAUAGUACUUCAGAAUCCCCGGGCGUCUCCCCAGGUUAUUCUGAUAUAUGAAGGAGGUGUGCGCUGCUGCGGAGGUCGUUUUUCAGGAGUUGGAGAAUCCUGUUCUAAGAAAGAAAGGCCCGAGGGACCACUUAUGCUCUUCAGAAGGAGUUCCUCCAGUUAUUUAGAUGAAAUAUAAGGAAAAAGAAUGCAGACAAGCAUGGAAAGUGAGGACACAAAGAAAACACAAGAAGUGAAGACUGACCUGAACUUAUUAUUGGAGUGUCUGAAGUAUCAAAUGGACAAUGCUUUUUCACAAAAGGAAGCUUUGGUCACUAUUCAUUCAAUUUGCCAACAAAAUAGUAAUGCAGGUCUUUAUUUUCGGGAAAUUGGUGGUUUGAUGUUUGUAAAAAAUCUUGCAAAGUCAAGUGAACAUAGUAUGGUAAAAGAAGCAGCCUUAUAUACAUUAGGAGCUGUUGCAGAACAAAAUGUUUACUGUCAGCAGACUCUGUGUACUUCAGAAUUGUUUGAAGACUUAACUUGGUUCUUAUCUAACAGUGAUUCAAACACAAAUCUGAAAAGAAUGUCUGUCUAUGUUAUUUUGGUUCUGGUUUCAAAUAACAGGACUGGACAGACACUUGUGAGAGAAACAGGUUGUAUUUCAGUUCUAUCACAGUUGUUCAAGACUGUUCUUUCAAAAUAUGAGUUGAAUUUGUCAGAUGAAAGUGCUUUGCAGAGUUAUCAGUUGUGGUCUUCAGUGUGUAGUACGCUGUGUGUCUGUGUCAACAAUCCUCAAAAUGAUGAAAAUCAAAUGCUUUGCUGCUCACUUUUUACGCAUGCUAAUGACUGGCUGAUAAAUUGCAUGAAAGCUGAGAUAAUUCGCCCUAUUUGCUCAUUUAUUGGACUCACUCUUGCAAAUAACACUUAUGUUCAGAAAUACUUUAUAUCUGUGGGUGGACUGGAUGUAUUGUCUCAAGUUCUUGUGCAACUGGAAUCUGAUUCACACAAGACUCCUUUCAGUGCUAAGCUUGCAGUGGUGGUGACAAAGACAGUGGAUGCAUGCAUUGCUGAUAAUCCUACUUUUGGUGUUGUAUUAUCCAAGUACCACAUUGUUUCAAAACUUCUGGCAUUGCUGCUUCUUGACAGUCUGGAUUCAGGAGAAAAAUUUAGUGUCAUACUUACUCUUGGUCAUUGUACAGAGGAUUGUGAGGAAAAUCAGUAUGAUUUUUUUAAAAACAAUGGCCUUCCACUCAUGAUACAAGCCUUAACUGAAUCUCAGAGUGAGGAACUAAACAAAGCUGCCACUUUCGUGCUUCACAACUGCAAAAAAAUUACUGAGAAGUUAUCUCUAAGUCUAGGAGAAUAUUCUUUUGAUAAAAAUGAAGAGCGUUUAAAGGACAUAAAUAUGAAAGAGAAGAAUCUUGAAGAUUACUGGAAGAAAGCAAAGGAAAUUUUACACAGAAUAGAAGAACUUGAAACAGAAGGAAAUGAGGAAAAUAUACAAGGAGAGAAUUAUAAGAAUAAUGUUUCAUCUAUGAACAUAAAUAUUCAAGAUACACUGAAACAUCUCCAUGCGGAUAGCAGCGGUGGUGUUCCCAAAGCAGAAGAUAAAGAUAAAAGCCAGGCUAGAAAGCUACAUGGUUCUAAGUCCCAUAAAGUCAUGUCUAAAGCAUGUACAAAUGAUGAUCAAGUGAAGAUGGUGUUAAGGAGUGCAAAUCCAGUUAAUGCUUGUUAUAGGGAGAGUGGGCAAAAUAAGACUUUAUGUACAGCCAAUUCAAGCUGCAAACAAAACCUAUGUGAAGAAACAACUUCUGAAAAAAAGAACUUUGUUUCUCAGUCAAGAGACCAAAUUUUUAAACACCCAACUCCUAUUGCCAAAAACACAAAGCAGCAAUUACCAGUAACAGAUCCAUUUACAUUAUGUUCAGAUAUAAUAAAUAAAGAAGUCAUCAGUUUUCUAGAAACAGACAGUUGUUCCAAAAGGUUGAGGUAUAGAUGUUCAGGUUGCAUAGCAGUAGGAAAAUCCUUGAAUAGUCGAAAUUUUAGCAAGCUCUUGCACAGUUGCCCAUACCAAUGUGAUCGUCACAAAGUCAUUGUGGAAGCUGAAGACAGAUAUAAAAGUGAACUAAGGAAAUCACUUAUCUGUAACAAAAAAAUUCUGCUGACCCCACGUAGAAGACAGCAACUCAGUAGUGAAUCUACUACCUCUGGAAGAAUAAAGAAAAGAAGAAUUCGUAAAAACUUUACCAAAGAAGAAAUAAAUUACCUUUUCAAUGGAGUUAAGAAAAUGAGAAAUCACUGGAAUUUAAUUUUGUGGUCUUUCCCCUUUCAGCAAGGACGGAAGGCUGUAGACCUUGCUCACAAAUACCACAAGCUGACCAAAUGCCCCAAGUGUGUGGAUCCUUGAUUGGAAGAAGACUUGUCAGUUGUUAGUUUGACACCUUGAAAAACAGUGUGUUAAAAAUACAAAAUUUUAAAUAUUCUUAGACACUCUCAUGAGACAGGAAAUGUGGCAAUGGGGAUAUUGUUUUAAUUAUUUUUUGUGAUGCUGUAGCUCAUCAGACUAUUAAAAUAACUUAUAAGGA